AUGGCAACUGUGCCGGUCAGCAUGUCUUCCUCAGCCUCGGACAGCGACAAGCCGGCCAAACAGAAGAGGCACAGAACAAGGUUUACACCUGCACAAUUAAAUGAGCUGGAGAGAUGUUUCUCUAAGACACACUACCCCGACAUUUUUAUGAGAGAAGAGAUCGCCAUGAGGAUCGGCCUCACUGAGAGUCGGGUUCAGAAUUACGUUUGUAAAUCCAGUGCUAUGUUGCCCUGUAAUCAUCUCAAAACAUUUCAACCUGCUCGCAUAAAAAUAAAAAAGGAGAAUGAUAACUAA